AGCGCAAGGUGAGACUGCACAAAGGACUGACUGAGAGGAGUGUUAGAGAGAAAGUCAGUAGAGCUGUGAAGGAAGAGUUAGGGGGUGAAUGUUUGAAAGUCCUUCUGAAAAGACGGAAGCUGGCCCUAGAGGAACAGAGGCAUUCUGGAAUGUCUCAUCGACCAGGUCACUGUUGAACUUUUAAAAGAGGGAAAGGGAAAAUAAGUAGGACACGGAGGGGAGAGGAAAAAAAGAGGGAAGUGUCAGAAUACAGACAGAGCCAAAGAAUCUACAGGAAAAGAAGAGGGGGAAACUGAUACUCAGCUGUGAACACCAUUCUGGACUAAGCGCAAGGUGAGACUGCACAAAGGACUGACUGAGAGGAGUGUUAGAGAGAAAGUCAGUAGAGCUGUGAAGGAAGAGUUAGGGGGUGAAUGUUUGAAAGUCCUUCUGAAAAGACGGAAGCUGGCCCUAGAGGAACAGAGGCAUUCUGGAAUGUCUCAUCGACCAGGUCACUGUUGAACUUUUAAAAGAGGGAAAGGGAAAAUAAGUAGGACACGGAGGGGGAGAGGAAAAAAAGAGGGAAGUGUCAGAAUACAGACAGAGCCAAAGAAUCUACAGGAAAAGAAGAGGGGGAAACUGAUACUCAGCUGUGAACACCAUUCUGGACUAAGAUGGAAGUCUACACUGUAACAGUAGCAACUGGUACAUCAGAGUAUUCAGGCACCAACAACUACAUCUUUGUGACCCUGGUGGGAGAGAAAGGCGAGAGUGAGCGUACCCUGCUGGACAACCCUGGACUGGAUUUCUGUCGAGGAGCAGUGGAUCAGUACAAGGUGACCAGUCCUUCACCGUUAGGCUCCCUGCUCCUGGUCAGACUGGAGAAACAGAGGUACUGGGUGGAAGAUAACUGGUUCUGUCGCUAUGUCACAGUGGAGCCCCCAGCUGAAGACAAAGUGCUGACUUUCCCCUGUUACCGCUGGCUUAUUGGAGACAUAAAGGUGGAGAUAAGAGAGGGAACAGCGAAGACACUGAGGGAUGACUCCUUACCUCAGCUGCUGGCACACAGGAAGACAGAACUGCAGGAGAGACGGAUGGCUUACAGAUGGGUAACGUGGGCUCCAGGGAUUCCCAGAUGUAUCGACGCUACAACAGAAGCAGAUUUACCCCAAGACGUCCGCUUUGACAAUGAGAAGAGGAGUGACUUUGAACAUUCAUUACACUAUGCCUUGCUGGAGUUGUCUCUGAAGAAGCUGGCCAUCAGGUUUGGGAAGUCCUGGAGUGACCUGGACGAUUUUAAACGGAUCUUCUGGAAGCUGCGAAGCCCCAUAGCUGAGUACUGUAUGGAGCAUUGGAAGGAAGACCGGUUCUUUGGCUACCAGUGUAUGAAUGGCUCCAACCCAAGGAUGAUCAAGAGCUGCAACAAGCUGCCAGAAAACUUCCCUGUCACCUCAGACAUGGUGCAGAGCUCCAUGGCUCCCAGGACUAACCUGGACAAAGAACUCAAGGCAGGGAAUAUCUAUUUGUUAGACUAUGCCAUCAUGGAUGGGAUUCCCACCAACACAAUCAAGAGUAAACCUCAGUACAUUGCUGCUCCGCUCUGUCUCCUGUACCAACACCCAGAUGAAGGACUCAUACCUAUUGCUAUACAGCUUGAACAGACUCCGGACCACGACACACCCAUAUUCCUUCCCAGAGACCCGCCCCUGGCCUGGCUAUUGGCUAAGAUAUGGGUGCGUCACUCCGAGUUCCAAGUGUUCCAGCUGCUGUCUCACCUGCUCAGGACUCAUCUGGUCAUAGAGGUGUUUUGUGUGGCUACUCUGAGACAGCUACCUGCUGUGCACCCUAUAUAUAAGCUCCUGGCCCCUCAUCUGCGCUAUACUCUAGAGAUCAACUGUAGGGGACGCACUCAGCUCAUCUCUCCUAAUGGCAUCUUCAAACGGGUUGUGUCUACAGGUGGUGAUGGCCUGUUGAUUCUGGCUCAAAGGGAGUACAAGGUGCUGACCUACCGCUCCCUCCAGCCCCGCAAUGACUUCACUGACAGAGGAGUUUAUGAGCUCCCAAAAUAUUUCUACAGAGAACACAGUCUGAUGCUAUGGGACACAAUACACAGUUUUGUCUCAGGUAUGGUGAGCCUAUACUACCAGUCAGACCAUGAUGUGCAGGAGGACCUAGAGCUCCAAGCCUGGAUCAGAGACAUAACACAGGAAGGCUACACAGAGCUCCCCAACUUUGGUCUGCCCAGUAAGCUCAACACCAGAGAGGAACUCUCCACCCUGGUGUCAGUGGCAAUCUUCACCAGUACAGCCCAGCAUGCAGCUACCAACAACGGACAGUUUGACUGGUGUGCCUGGGUCCCCAACACCCCCUGCACCAUGAGACACCCCCCACCAACAGACAAAGAUGCUGUUACCAUGGAGAUGAUCAUGGCCACACUUCCUGAUGUCAGCCAGUCCUGUCUGCAGAUGGCCAUCACAUGGCAUCUGGGACGAGCACAGCCAGACGCAAUUCCUUUGGGCCAAUACACACAGGAGCACUUCACUGAGGGCGAGGCCCUGGAGUUGAUCGAGAGGUUCAGAAGAGAACUGAAAGACAUUGAGGGCCAUAUCCUCAAUCAGAAUGAAGGACUAGAGCUUCCGUACCUUUUCCUCCUGCCCAGCCGCAUAGAGAACAGCAUCACCAUAUAGAAAGCCUAACUACAGGAUUCACUAUGGGUUACGUGGUAGUAUGGCGCAUACCUACCAGAUUUCACUUUUUUUCUGUUGAUCGUGUAACAAAAUUAUAAUCUUGUAAAAAAAAAAUGAAAAAGUCCAAGUAAGAGAAAAUAGCUUUUUGUAAUGUGAAAAAUGUUGUUAUCCAUGAGACAAUUUAUGAUUUGUAGGACUUUUUUUUAACGAAAAGUAGGGGAUGAUUAAAAAUGAGAUGUUAAGUCAAUGUUAGUAAGUUAUACAUUUUGACUCUGUAAGUUGAACAUAUGCGAUGCCAAGUCAUCGUUUUGAGAUAGUAAAUCAAUAUGUCAAAAGUCAGGGGUGCACUAGUGGUCUAGGGGUUAAAUGGAAUGUCCACCAGGAGCAGUUUGGCUGCAUCACAGCCACACCAGUGUUCACUGAAUAUGGUCGUGUAAAGUGUGCAUGCAUUGGAACCAAUACAUUUAAGGUUUAUUUAUUGUUUUUUACUGAAUUACAAGCUUAAGACAUAGAAUUGCUUGUCUCUGAAAGCGUAAAAACAGGUGGUCUUCAACCAAGAGGCUGGAGAUCAAGCAGUACAUUCCCCUUGACAACAGAGACAGUGACAGUAUAUGCUGUUUACAUUUAUUAAAUGCGGAAUAUUGUCAUAUUCUGAAUAAUAGUGGACUAGCGAUUGACAUAAGCUUUCAUAUGGUAAUGGUAAAUGGACCUGUACUUGUAUAGCACCUUUCUAGUCACUUUUACACUAUGCGUCACACAUUCACUCAGUGGUGGGAUAACCCAUCGAACAGAAACUAACUCAUUCAUACACAUUCACACACCAAUGCAUCGGGAGCAAUUCGGGUUCAGUAUCUUGCUCAAGGAUACUUCAACAUGUGGCAGGAGGAGCUGGGGAUCGAACCAACAGCCUUCAAAUUAGAGGACGACCCGCUCUGCCUCUGAGCCACAGCCGCCCACCAGAUGUCACCAGCUAGCUAACGAGUGAUGUAGAUAAGCUAGCUAGCAUUUUGCAAACCAAGGUUCUGACUGAGGCUUGCUCAACUUUUACUGGAGCGCAAAGCAAAAAGGGGCAGGACUUAGGAAGAGUCAACUGAUGAAAGCCAUGAAGGCCUAGCACGUAUGUUGGGUUAACAUAAUGUUGUCUGAACUAAACUUGGGUUGCUUCUUUACUUUACAGUGCAUUCUGAACAUAUUUUCAUGUAUAUAUAUAUUUAACACUUAACUAUGAAACUUAAAUUGUGGACAGAUUUUGAUACAUUAAAAAGCUGAAAGGUGAUCUGUGAAUAAGCUUCACUUUUGCAGGUUUGAAAUGCAAAGAUCCCCUCCAGACAUUUAUUUAGACACAAUACAAGUAGUAUGCUUGGAACAAUAAUGUGUGUCUGAUGUUUUUUCUUUGCAAGAAAAGUAUAAUUUUCACACUCAAAUCCUUACAAAGCCAUCUACUCCUUGUACCUCAUUAACCCCUUCAGACCCUGUGUCCAUUGCAAUGGACGUCACUUGACAGGGGCUUCUUUUUUACUUUUUGCAACAUUUAACAGACAAAAAAUAGGUAUGAUGUUGUCAUAUGAUGUUGGUAUUUUAAGAAUUGUUUGGACCCGGUGUCCAUUGAAAUGGACAAGAAAAAUAACAAUUAAAGGGUUUUGAUUAAAAA